CGGGCUGCUCUGCCCCGAGGCGUUCGCUCCACUGCUCCGCGGCGCUGAGCUGCUGCGGCCGCCGCUCCGGUUCCCCCGGCAACGCGCCGGGAGCCGCCGCCAUGGAUGCGCCGUCGGGCCCCGGAGCUCGCCGGGCUCGCGGCGGCCUGGGCGCGGCCUCGCCGACGUCUUCGGGCAGCUCGGCGCGGGCCCCGGCUGCGCCCUGGGCGCGCUUCUCCGCCUGGCUGGAGUGCGUGUGCGUGGUCACCUUCGACCUGGAGCUGGGCCAGGCGCUGGAGCUCGUGUACCCAAGCGACUUCCGACUAACAGACAAGGAGAAAAGCAGCGUCUGCUACCUGUCCUUCCCCGACUCCCACUCAGGUUGCCUGGGGGACACUCAGUUCACCUUCCGGAUGCGCCAGUGUGGAGGGCACAGGAGCCCCUGGCACAAUGAUGACAGGCUGUACAACAGCAGGGCGCCCAUGGCACUGCAGAGGGACCCAGCUCACUACUUUGGCUACGUGUACUUCAGGCAGGUGAAAGACAGCUCCAUGAAGAGGGGUUACUUCCAGAAGUCUUUAGUUCUGGUGUCCCGCCUGCCCUUUGUCCGGCUCUUCCAGGCUUUGCUCAGCCUGCUGGCCCCCGAGUACUUUGAUAAGCUGGCUCCCUGCCUGGAAGCAGUAUGUAACGAGAUUGACCAAUGGCCAGCUCCGGUGCCUGGGCAGACCCUGAACCUCCCUGUCAUGGGGGUUGUCCUUCAGGUGCACAUCCCAUCCAGGGUGGACAAGCCGGAGUCCAGCACUGUGAGGCAGUGUGACCACAAGAACCUGUUGCCGGCCCCGGUGGUCCUUGCCAGUGUCCAUGAGCUGGACCUGUUCAGGUGCUUCCGGCCUGUGCUGGCCCAUGUGCAGAUGCUGUGGGAGCUGAUGCUGCUUGGGGAGCCCCUGCUGGUGCUGGCGCCCUCACCCGACGUGUCCUCAGAGCUGGUGCUGGCCCUGACCAGCUGCUUGCAGCCGCUCAAGUUCUGCUGUGACUUCCGCCCCUACUUCACUGUCCAUGACAGCGAGUUCAAGGAAUUCUCCACCCGCACGCAGGCUCCACCCAACGUGGUCCUGGGAGUCACAAACCCUUUCUUUAUCAAAACACUCCAGCACUGGCCCCAUGUCCUCCGGGUCGGAGAGCCCAGGAUGUCAGGAGACCUUCCGAAGCAGGUCAAGCUCAAGAAACCCUCGAGGCUGAAGAACCUCGACACCAAGCCAGGCCUCUACACGGCCUACACAGCCUACCUGCAUCGUGACAAGGCUCUGCUCAAAAGGCUGCUAAAGGGCAUGCAGAAGAAGCGGCCGUCGGAUGUGCAGAGUGCCCUGCUGAGGCGACACCUCCUGGAGCUCACUCAGAGCUUCAUUUUCCCCCUGGAGCACUACAUGGCCAGCCUCAUGCCGCUGCAGAAGAGCAUCGCACCCUGGAAGACACCCCCCCAGAUCCGCCCCUUUUGCCAGGACGACUUUCUACGUAGCCUGGAGCACGCGGGGCCCCAGCUCACCUGCAUCCUGAAGGGCGACUGGCUGGGCCUCUACAGGAGGUUUUUCAAGUCCCCCCACUUUGACGGCUGGUACCGGCAGCGGCACCGAGAGAUGGCCCACAAGCUGGAGGCCCUGCACCUGGAGGCUCUGUGUGAGGCGGACCUCGAGACCUGGAUGAAGGACAAGUCCGAGGUGGAGGUCGUCGAUCUGGUCCUGAAACUUCGGGAGAAGCUGGUGCGGGCCCAGGGCCACCAGCUCCCUGUAAAGGAGGCAACGCUGCAGCGGGUUCAGCUCUACGUCACGAUGGCCAUCGGCUCGCUGCCCAAGGACCUGCAGGCUGUCCUGUGCCCACCCUAGGACCAGCCCGGGUCCCCAGGCCCCUCCCUGCACCACAGCCGCCUGGCAGUAAAGCUGGCCUUCAGAA